UUUGGCUCCUGGAGAGACGUAGAGACAGAGGGUGGUGGUGGCAUUCCUCACAUCGUGAAAACUUCUUCCCCAGGAGGUGCCUGAACACCAUGGGUACCGAAGCAAUGUUUGGCCUUACUGGCAAGGAUUUUGUGAUCCUUGCAGCAGAUGGCCAGGCAGCUUACUCCAUCAUCCGUCUCAAGAACGAUGCAGACAAGAUUUGGAAGGUUGGCAACAUGCUCUUUGCUUGCUCUGGCCCUCCGGCAGACACUGCCAACUUCAUGGAAUUCAUUGAGAAGAACGUCAAGCUGAACGAGCUGAGAACAGGAAUCCCCAUGUCCACCAAGGCUGCUGCGAGCUUCACUCGAAACGAGCUCGCCCAUGCCUUGCGGAAAGGUCCAUUCCAGGCGGAUUUGCUGAUCGGUGGCAUAGACAAUGAAGGCCCUAGCUUGUACUUCAUGGACUACCUGGCCAGUAGCGAGAAGGUGAAUAAGGCGGCUCAUGGCUACGGGGCCAUGUUCACCCUAGGUCUCAUGGACCGCUACUGGAAGCCGGACCUUACGGAAGCAGAGGCAAUUGACAUCAUCAAGAAGUGCAUUAAGGAGUUGGAGACGCGAUUCAUCGUUGACCUCCCAGGAUUCAAGUGCAAGAUUGUCAGCAAGGAGGGCACAAAGGACGUGACGCUCUGAGCGAGACGGCUCACCUUCUUGUCGAAGUGGUUUACACCGAAGCGUAGCUCGAAGGUUGACACAAGCGUAGCUUCAGGUGUAAGAUCUCC